AUGAAAAGUACGAGCGCAGAGGAAUUGCCACGUUGUUCGUUGAAACGGGUGUUGAACAUUACAUUAAGACAAACGACGAUUAAUAUAGAUGACACGACGUGGUCUUUAUCACUUCAGUUUUGUACGCAACAAUCGAAGAAUAAGACUUCGCUGAUGCCGAUUCCACUUGGAAUUAAAAAGGUCGAAGAGGUUAUAACACUGCCUUACGUCCAUACCCAUUUAUUAAAAGAUUUAUUAAUAGUAAAAUUAUAUAAAAAACAGAAGAAAGAAAAUGUGGUGAUUGCGACAACAAAGGUCUCCCUCCAACGUAUUCUUUUUAGCGGAUUUGAAGGAACUUGUGAAUUUAUAGGCGAAGAUAAAUAUGGAGAUCUUCACCUUGGCUCCGUUAUGUUUCAAGUCGAGUCGCUUCCACAAGAGUAUUCGUCGUCCGAGGACGUCAUCCGAUUUGCUCGGGACUGCGUCGAUCCCGAAAUUAUUGAACACAUCGAAACUGAAGAUAAACAGCCGGAGAAGAAGUCGCGCACAAAUGUUUUACGGCGUGUUAUUCAUUUACCCAAGAAAGACUUUCCCAAAAGUAAAAAGUGUUUAUGUCGUGUCAUUUCUCCAUACGAAGAGGAAGCGACUGAAUAUGAUGGUUUUGAUGAUUGUCAGUGCGAUUUAUCCGAAAUUAAAAAUGGCGUUCUCGUCGUCUUUCAAGAGAAAAAGAAAAAAGCCGAACAGAUCAAAACGUUGUUAUCCGACAGUGACUCACCCACGAAAUUUUACUUCUACGAAGUCCAAAACGGUAAUUUCACAACAAAGCUUUUGCCUUAUUUAAGUAAUAACACUAAUUUGGGAAUUACUGUCCCUAUCGUCUUGUGCGGAGGUGACUUCUUCUUCGGAAUGUUCGUCAGACAACUCCUCGAAAUGAACGCAAAGGAAAAAAUGGUCGACGUCACUCCUUUUAUCGUCCCAACUACCAGAAAUUGUCUCGUCGCUAAGGACUUGGGCGAAAUCGACGUCAAAUACAAAAACAUGUUCUGCACAGACUUUUUGACUAAGAUCGACAACGAAAAGUCGAAGGCGCGAGAUGCACUCCUCGACUACUUCAACCAAAACACUCAACAAAAACUCAAAUUAUCGGAAAUCACUAUCACCGACAACGAAAAGACUUUCAACGCACAUAUGCUCAUGAGCGCAAGAGUACUCUGCGAGAAUAAAAACGUCAGCGUCGAUUACUGGAAAGUUAAAGACAAAAAACCAACAACAGUGAAAACAAAGAAACUCAUCGACAUGUUCGAGCUCGUCAAGGUUAGAAAGGACGACUGCUUUGCAGUCACUUUUUCUAAACCAGAAAAGAAGGAGGACGACGUCAAUGAGGUCGUCAUGUGCACAAAAAUCGUCAUCUCUUCCGAGGACGAAGGAAUCAAAGUCAUGGUCGAUAGGUGUCUUGUGUCGUCGGAGGCGAGUUAUAUCACUUUCAAAUACGAAAUGCCAAACAACGUCUUCUUCGCUGUGCAAUCGUUCAAUUAA